AGGCGGGCUGUAGUAUUGUCUUCUGUUUUUCUUUCACAGUCACUCUUCACAGUUCACACACACUCUCUACUCUAUCCCUUGACUUAGCAAACCGACAACCAUGGCCACUUCUCUAAGGCUGUUCUCUUCCUUUUCCUCCGCCAAAGCGGCGUCGCUGAUGCCCAAAUCUUCACCUAGUCUCAUGCUCUACUGCUCUCCUGCUAACCUGCGCAUAGUGCGCACUGUCACCUCCGCCACCGUGUCCUCCAACGAAGCCCCACAGAAGCGCGCUCCACGUGGCAUCAUGAAGCCCCGCCCUGUCUCGCCGGAGAUGCAAGACCUCGUUGGAGUCCCCGAGAUUUCUCGUACCCAAGCUCUCAAGCAGAUUUGGGCCCACAUUAAGGAGCACAAUCUUCAGGACCCUGAAAACAAGAGGAUCAUAGUUUGCGAUGACAAGCUGAAGAAGAUAUUUGGAGGAAGAGAGCGGAUUGGGUUUCUCGAGAUUGCAGGGUUGAUUAGUCCUCACUUUAUUAAGUGAAACCAAGAGCAUGCAAGAGAACCAAGAUGGAGUUUGUGGAAAUCUUUUGUAUGUGGAGGGGCCGUGUUUUGGUUGAUGAUUAAGGACUACUCUUUUUGCAAACCUAGUAGUGGUGUUAGCCUUAGUAUUUAAGAGUCUUUAAUUCCAGGUUCCUUUUAAUUUGUAGGCUUUUUUUUAAUGCAAUAUGAAUAGUGAAUGCCAGUUUCUACUUUGUUCCAUAUCUUCAAUUUUGGUGGUCAUAAACUUGUAUUAUGGCUAAUUGUCUCCUUUUAGGUGCCUGUGCUUGAAAUUGCCCUCUGUGAGAACUGAGAUAGAUUCUUGAGGAGGUAUCUUGUCACACGGUAUAUGAGACUUGCAUAUGGGUUAGAUUUUACAUGCUCAGAGAGUGGCUCAUGAAGUUGUUACAUAAUAUAAUUCCCAAUUCUUGAAA